GUCCAUUCUCAUCUCCCAACUAACUGAUUGAUGACAGCCUGAGAUUACUCGCCCGAGAGGCUCAUUGCCCACAUACACCGCCGUGGUGUGAUGAUUAAUCACCCAAGUGAUCCCUUGCAAAGCUGCAAGUUUCUCUCGCGUUCUAGGUCUGCCUAAACUCCCAUCUCAUGCUCUAUACACACCUAUGUAUCACUAUGCCUCCUAAAAGCAGGGGUGUGAUGUUGCAGCUUACGCCCUUCGCAUUGCAGACCCACCAAGCAUACAAGCGUCGUUGUGAAGAUGAGGGAUCGUUGCGGCCGAUGCGGAUGUGCUUUAUAAACACGUUCCGAUCCCAUGUCUGACCGCGACAUUGAUUCUCUUGUUAAUCCAGGUCUGGAGAAUCACCUUGGAACACGCUCCUCCAGGUUUUGAAUCAUUACCAUCGCCUUGAUCCUCUCGUCCCGUCCCAUACCGCUGAAUCAUGAACAUCGCCCUCAAAGAAGCAAUGCCGGAGGCCUUGAUGGUCCGGAGCGCCCCCUCCCAUCCAGCCUCCGGAAUCGAGAUGCUCCCUCUUGACCCAUCAGCGAGCGCCCCGAAACAUACCCCUCUCAAGCAGCAUGCGGCCCUCGCGCCAACAUGGGAAGCGGCCCCUCCGCAAGGCUCACCCGCCCGCAACGUCUCCGUGGCCAAGAGCGUCACCGUCAUCGUCACCCUCGCGGGCAUCAACUUCCUCAACACCAUGGGCUCGGGGAUCCUCAUCGCCGCCCUCCCGCGCAUCGCCGAGGACGUCGGCCUCGACGAGAGCCUGGUCCUCUGGCCCGCUGCCGUCUACAGCCUCGCCGCUGGCUGCCUGCUCCUCAUCUUCGGCGCCGUCGCCGACGUCGUCGGUGCCAAGCUCAUGUGGCUGACGGGCAGCUACCUCUGCGUCGUCUUCACCGUCGCCGUCGGCCUUUCGCAAACGGGUAUCCAGAUCAUCUUAUUCCGCACCUGCGCCGGCAUCGCCAUCUCCGCCUGCUUGCCAACCGCCAUGGCCUUCAUUACCAAGACGUUCCCCAAGGGCGGUUGGCGCAACGUUGCGUUCUCGAUGAACGGCAUCGGGUACCCGCUGGGCUACGCGCUCGGCCUGGUCCUGGGUGGCAUCUUCACCGACACCAUCGGGUGGCGGUGGGCGUACUACAUGAUGGCCAUCCUCAACUUCUGCCUGUCGACGGCGGCGAUCUGGUCUCUGCCAUCGGUGUACCAGCCAUCAGAAAAGAAGUGGACGCGCCGGUUGGCGGAAGACAUCGACUGGGCCGGUGCCGUGAUCAUGAGCGUCGCGCUGGGUCUCUUGCUGUACGUGCUGGCAAUGACGACGUCUUCUUACACCAAGAUUGGAGACCCGGCGAACAUUGCUCUCCUCGCUGUAGCGGUCGCUCUGCUGGUUGCGUUCCCCUUCUGGAUGAACCUGCAGACCACAAAGGGUCGCCCGGCUCUCAUCCCUAAUCGCUUAUGGCGUAACGCCUCCUUUGCGUCCAUCUGUGUGUCCAUUUUCUUGUGCUGGGCCUCGCUCAACGCCAUGCAAUACUUCAUCAUGCUCUACUUCCAAAAAGUCCAAGGCAUGUCUGCACUGCAAAGCUCCUUGAGGUUCCUCCCCCACGUCAUCAUGGGCACCGCCGUCAACGUGGCGGCGGCAUGGCUCGUCUCCAGAGUCAAGGUCCAGACUCUCGGCGCUGCAUCGGCCGUCAUCUCGGCCGUUGCCCCGAUCCUCAUGGCCACGGUCGACCUCGACGGCAACUACUGGUUCGCGCCCUUCUGGGCCAUGCUUCUCUCGCCCGUCAACGCCGACGCACUCUUCACCGUCUCCAACCUCAUCAUCUCGGACGCCUUCCCGGCGGACUUGCAGUCCCUCGCUGGCGGCGUCUUCAGCGAGAUCGGGCAGAUCGGCAACGCCGUGGGCCUCGCCAUGACGGCAGCUAUUGCGGCGUCCGUGACGGAGCACUCGGGCAUCGUCGACGAUACCGGAGCGGCGCGCAUGGCGGGCUACCGCGCCGCUUUCUGGACCGUCUUCGCGGCCACGGUGGCCGUGGUCGUCGUCGUGCUAUGGGGGCUCAGGAAGAGCGGCACGGUCGGGAAGAAGGACGACUAGGGAAACGUCAUGCUGGGCUAGCGCGAGGCCUUGAUGGAAUAGGCCUUUAAAACAUGGGACCGCCGCUGCCGCCGUCUAGCUUUCUGGACGCACGUCUCGGCAUGAGUCUCAGUCCGCCAGGCAUGGCAUUGCAUGGUACUCUUGAAAUGGGAUAGCCGAGCCAGAAAGGAGGGAGGAGGCAGUUACCAUGCUGAUGUCUGGAUGUAUCAAUUUUGCAACGACUUACACCACUUGAUCUGCGAAAGCCAAGAUUUAGUCUACCGUUCUACCAUUCAAACAGAACUU